AUGAUAGAACCAGAAGACAAAAACGAUAGAGAAGAAAAUGAUAUGGUCGCCGUCCGAUUCAGGGACACCAAUCUGGUGCCGAUCGUGUGGCAAGCGAGUCACAUGGCCGGGUACGCUCUGACGGCCGUGGUGGGCUUGGCCAGUGGCGUCAUGUUCUACCUGGCCGUGAAACUGUCGAGUCACCGCUGUUACCUGUACAACGCGGCUAUCACCGUGCAGGAAGUGUCCAGGGAACAGAACCAGACGCUCCUGUCGGACGACCGGGUCUGGUACACGAGCAGCAGUUGUUACGACACGUUCUCUUUCUCGUUAUAUGCGUGCAUCGGCUCGGUCGUGUGGAUGAGCAUGUUCCUGGUGUUUGGCCGCGGCGGAUCUUCGGUCACCGAGUUUGAUCACAGCAAAUACUUCAGGUCCGUUGUUUUAAUCUUUUGCGAACUCUGA